GCUUGACUUGCAGAUUGCAGCUGAGUACAGAAGACCUUCGCAAACAGAGAGGGGAGAUUUUCCCUGUGAGGUUGCCAACCAGGUCCUGUAGGCUAAGACUCACCACCAUGCAAUCCUCUGUUGUGUUUUGGGGACUUCUUGCCCUCAUCGGCACGUCUGGGGGCUCGUACCCUUUCAUGCACUCCAUGAACACUCACCUGCACCCUCGCCUGUACCACGGGUGCUACGGGGACAUCAUGACCAUGGAGACCUCUGGGGCUGCCUGUGAUGCAGACAGUUUGAUCAGCUGUGGGAUCCGUGGUUCUGAAAUGUUUGCUGAGAUGGAUUUGAGGGCCAUAAAGCCUUACCAGACACUGAUCAAAGAAGUGGGGCAGAGGCAUUGUGUGGACCCUGCCGUCGUUGCGGCCAUCAUCUCCAGAGAAAGCCAUGGUGGAGCUGUUCUGCAAGAUGGCUGGGACCACAGGGGACUUAAAUUUGGCUUGAUGCAGCUCGAUAAACGAAUGUACCACCCUGUUGGUACCUGGAACAGCAGAGAACACCUAUUGCAGGCUGUUGGGAUUCUAACAGACAGAAUUAAGGCAAUCCAAAGAAAAUUCCCCACAUGGAGUGUGGCUCAACACCUCAAAGGUGGUCUCUCAGCCUUUAAGUCAGGAAUUGAAGCCAUUGUCACCCCAGCGGACAUAGACACUAACUUGGUCAACGACAUUCUUGCCCGAGCAAAAUUCUAUAAAAGACAUGGCUUCUAGGCAAAGCUCUGUGGCAGGGUACUGAGAUGGUUCCCUUUGAGAGGUUGAUAUGAAUUAGUUGUACCCAACACUGGCAAAGAAAUGGUUAAAAUUGUGAAAGAAAA